CCACAAGCCACACAGAGCGGAGUUCGCCUGGACCUCCCUGUCAUUGGAAAAGCGUUCGGAAUCUGGACCUCGUUACAAAAAAGCGACUCCAAACGGAAGAUAGGGCAUCGCAUUGGAAACGCUCACCAAUUAUAUCCUCAGUUGGGACGUUGAACCUAGAUAUCAAAAAGCGACCCCAAAACGGAAGAUACGGUAUCACAUUUAGAAGCACUCAAGAAUCACAUUCUCGGCAAGUCAAUCGAAUGCAUCGUAUCGUCGUCGGGCACCCGAUCUUCAAGCCCUUCAUGACCGAAUACAAGGAGAGCUACAAGGAUCCAUUAUCGGGCAAGUUGCAGUCCCGGGGGAAACCAGGGGCAUCGUCACUUUUGGAGAAGAAGGCGGGCACCCACCUCAUGCACGAUAAGGCCUGCAAAGCUGGAGCCGCCGCAGUGUUGUCGUCUCGGGCGCAGAAGGAUCGAAAGUUGGGCGUCAUUGUAAAGGGCAUGAGUAACUACCAUAACGGAAAGCAGGUUCAGCUGCCCAAAUUGCCUAGUAGGCACCUCAAAAACAAUUUGACCGUGACAAAUGGCGACUUGUCGGGAAAGCCUACUGUUGCGACUGAGAAGACUGAAGUUCAGAAGGGACCGGCACAGCCACAGAAGGUUGAGGGAGGUAACGCUGGUCGCAGUACAAACGCUGAAGCUGCUGGGAUUAGAGCAGCUCCGGAAGGAACCUUCCGUCCAGGAUCACCUGCAGCGGUUGGUUACGGAGAGAACAAGGCCAGAUAUGAUAUCAUUACAGGAGUACAACUCUACGGAGACCAAUACGGUGGAUACAGAGCCGGUCACCGCGCUGUGAUUGAGACGUUCCAGCAUCAAGAUGAUGUCGCAAAUGCUCGAUCUCCAUACUACAACAUCAUAACAGGCCAGGACCCGUUGGCCGCGCAACGCUCCCCAUGGUCCCAGCAAAGAGAUGUGAUACAAGUUCGUCAUUCUUGAAAUCGAAGGCCCGUAAAUAAAUAGAUGGAAAGCGAUGUCAUUGGGAAGCGCGCAAAGCGUUCAGAUGCGCAUGAUGGGUCUGAUGAACGACAAUAACGGUGCUGCACAAAUAUUCACACAAUUCUUUGCAGAGUAGAGUUUUGGCUCUGCUUCGUUUGACGGCUGUAUACACAAAUUGCAAGGUUCAUAGCGAGCGUCUGCCUCAGGGUUUCAAACACUAAUGUGUUUUGAUGGCAGAAGCCUCCGCUGGUUGGGAAAUGGACGCCAUCAUAGGGCUAGGUGUGCCCGCAGGUUGCUUCUUUCCCUUCACCGCAUGGUCUUGCCCGAGGAUAGCCUGUUCCGUUCGCUGGGCGAUAUCUGCGGACAGGUUAACCGGGGAAUCUUAGUCAGUAAGCAGACGAUAACACUUACGGCCCAAAUCUAGCACCCUAUCU